UAGAACGGGACGACGUUGGAGGACUUUCCAGGAAUGAGUUGCCACUGAUCUGCCAUAAUAAUGAGACAUGGCCAUGGAGAGCGGUCAUGGUUCAUUGGCAGAGCCGUUGCUUUUCACGUAGAAAGACCCAGGUUCAGGCACCCGGUUUGCUGCCGCCGUUCACGAUGGAGUGCACAGCCCUGGAGAGCCUCAUUGAGAUGGGCUUCCCCCAGAACAGAGCAGAGAAGGCACUGGCCCUGACAGGGAACCAGGGCAUUGAGCAAGCAAUGGAUUGGCUAAUGGAACAUGAGAAUGAUCCAGACCUGGAUGAGCCAUACGUACCACCCCAGGGCCCUGUGCUGAGCACGGAGGAGCCUCCUGAGGGAAGGACACCUGAGGCGGUACAAGGCGAAACAGAUCCCACGUUAGAGGCAUUAGGUGAGGACGAUAACCGGCGCCCCCUGAGUGAAGAAGAGAAACGGGAACAGACAAAGAGGAUGAUGGAGCUGAUCUCUCAGAAGCAGCGGGAGCGAGAGGAGCGGGAGAAACGGGAGAGCAUCGAGCGGGAGAAGCAGCGCCGGAAGCAGGGCCAGGAGCUCUCCCUCAUCCGCCAGAAGCUGCAGGAGGACGAGAUGAAGAAGCUGGCAGAAGACAGGCGCAAGGAGAAGAUGGAGGAGAAGCUGGCCAAGCAGCGAGUGCGAGAGAAGAUUGAACGAGACAAGGCCGAGAGAGCCAAGAAGUUUGGUGGCUGCAGCAGCUCUUCUCAAGCAUCCUCUCCCCCCGAGCCCGUUGCCCCCGCACUGGUUCCCUCUUCACCAAGCCAGGAACCCCCUGUCAAGCGAGAGUAUGAUCAGUGCAGGAUACAGGUGAGGCUGCUGGACGGGACGUCACUCACGCAGACCUUCAGAGCCAAAGAGCAGCUAGCGGCCGUCCGGCUCUACGUGGAGCUGAAUCGCAAGGACGGCGAUGAAGAGCCCUUCAUCCUCCUCACUAGCUUCCCCCGACGCGUCUUCACUGAGGAAGACAUGGAGAAGCCCUUGCAGGAGCUGGGUCUGGUGCCUUCAGCUGUGCUGAUUGUUGCCAAGAAGGGGAACAGCUGAAAAGGGGAUCCCGUUUGCACUCUCAACCUUGGUCUCCGCCCUCCUCCCUUUGCAGCUGCUGGAGGUGAAUCUCUCUUUUCCUUGUGCUCCACCUUCGGGGGGAUGGCUGCCCCACAACCCCCACCAUGGUUUUCCAACCAGCUCUGACCGCAGAGACUCCGAAAGCAGUGACAUCACUCGGGCUGGGAUUCAGAAUCAAUGAUGCUUGGAGGCAGGAGGGUAAUAGAGGAGUUUGUCCCACCCCCCCCACCCUCUCGGUGCAGCAGGGCAGUGUUGCAACUUGGCUGCCCUCUGGGGGCUGCACCACGAAUAAAAAACCUUUCUCUUCUG